GCACAUCAGAGAAGUCACACAGGUGAGAAGCCAUAUUCCUGUCCUGAGUGUGGGAAAUGUUUUUCAUUGAAAUCACAUCUUGUUAGUCAUCAGAGAAGUCACACAGGUGAGAAGCCAUAUUCCUGUUCUGAGUGUAGGAAAUGUUUUUCACGGAAAUCAGCUCUUUUUAUACAUCAGAGAAGUCACACAGGUGAGAAGCCGUAUUCCUGUUCUGAGUGUGGGAAAUGUUUUGCACGGAAAUCAGCUCUUGCUACACAUCAAAGAAGUCACACAGGUGAGAGGCCAUUUUCCUGUUCUGAGUGUGGGAAAUGUUUCGCACAGAAAUCAGCUCUUGUUACACAUCAAAGAAGUCACACAGGUGAGAAGCCAUUUUCCUGUUCUGAGUGUAAGAAAUGUUUUCCACGGAAAUCAGAUCUUGUUCUACAUCAGAGAAGUCACACAGGUGAGAAGCCGUAUUCCUGUUCUGAGUGUGGGAAAUGUUUUGCACAGAAAUCACAUUUUGUUAUUCAUCUGCAUGCUUACACAGGUGAGAAGCCAUUUCCAUGUUCUAAGUGUGGGAAAUGUUUCGCACAGAAAUCAGCUCUUGUUCUACAUCAAAGAAGUCACACAGGUGAGAAGCCAUAUUCCUGUUCUGAGUGUAGGAAAUGUUUUACACGGAAAUCAGCUCUUGUUAUACAUCAGAGAAGUCACACAGGUGAGAAGCCUUAUUCCUGUUCUGAGUGUGGGAAAUGUUUUGCACAGAAAUCAGAUUUUGUUACUCAUCUGCAUGCUCACACAGGUGAGAUGCCAUUUUCCUGUUCUGAGUGUGGGAAAUGUUUCACAAAGAAAUCAGCUCUUGUUACACAUCAAAGAAGUCACACAGGUGAGAAGCCAUUUUCCUGUUCUGAGUGUAAGAAAUGUUUUGCACGGAAAUCAGAUCUUGUUCCACAUCAGAGAAGUCACACAGGUGAGAAGCCAUUUCCAUGUUCUGAGUGUGGGAAAUGUUUCACACAGAAAUCAGCUCUUAUUCCACAUCAAAGAAGUCACACAGGUGAGAGGCCAUAUUCCUGUUCUGAGUGUGGGAAAUGUUUUGCACAGAAAUCAAAUCUUGUUCUACAUCAGCGAAGUCACACAGGUGAGAAGUCAUAUUCCUGUUCUGAGUGUGGGAAAUUUUUCACACAGAAAUCAACUCUUGUUACACAUCAGAGGAGUCACACAGGUGAGAAGCCAUUUUCAUGCUGUGAGAGAAAUAAAUCUGCUCUUGUUGAACAUAUUAGAUAUUACCCAAGUAUGGAACCAUUUAAAUCUUCUGGAGUAUAA